CCCAUCUGACCGAAUGCCUGCUGCUGCUGGGCUGCUGGCCCGAAUGUGGAUCGCGGCAAUGUGGUGGGCUGGCCUGACGGCACUGGGGAGGGGGAUGGAUGUGUGAGCCAACGGAGUUGAUGAGGGAGGCGAAGCAGGAAGGAAGGAAGGAACAGGAGCGAGGCCUUCGGUCCUUAUCGGAGGAGGAAGGAGACAACUCCAUUAUACAGUGUGUCAGAGAAAUCAACUACCAAAGACCAGGGGUAUCUCCCCAUUUGUUCGGUCUCACAUCGGAGCUGAGAUUUGCAUCGCAACUGCCCCCUCGCUCUCCCCAUAUGCUCUCGGCCAGCUAUGGCGACGCCUAGUACUGCUCUCGCAUCGUAAGGCCCCGGGACUCCUCGCUCGUGCCUCGGACGAUCACGGUCCGUCAACAAUCAAUCGUGCUCUCGCUCACACUCACUGGGAUUAUUUUUUCGCUCAUCAUCCAUCGAUGUUGGUUUCGAUUGAGACCUCGGUGGUGGGCUGAGUCUGACUGACCGUCGCUUCGUCCAUGGCCAGUCUAGGCCCCAGCUUGGCUUCCUUCUACAACGCACGCUUCGCUCUCAGAUUGAAACUCAAGCAGCAAGUCCCAUUUUCAUGGGUCGCGUUUAUGGAGUAAGCGACAUCAACGCACGGCUUGCUGCUGAGGCGCGAAGGUACGGAUCCUCUGAACAAAUGGAUCCUUACGAGGCUUACCGAGUUGUCUGCGCGAGAGUUCAAAACCUAGACCCGGAGAACGUUUCCAAGAUAAUGGGGUACCUGCUUCUUCAGGACCAUGGAGAUGAGGAAAUGUUCCGUCUGGCUAUGGGCUCCGAUGGCCUCAUCCAAAACAUGGUUGUGAAGGCCAGGAAGGAGCUCGCUCAACUGAACCGGCCCCCGUCGGCUCAACAAAAUUCUGUGCAGUUGACAUCCCAACUUGCGCACCACUCCCUCCAAUCUUCGCUUCUCCAACAGACAUUAAGUCACAUUUCGGCCCAACAGUCUCCAAAUCAACUCUCGUCCAUUUCUCACGUGCAGCCCGAACAAGAUCAUCGUCGUCCGACGCCUUUGUAUAUUCCUGACAGCCAUCCUUACCUGAACUUCAGCAUCAGCCCAAUGCAAGAGCAAGUGCCCCUCCACGAGAAGCUAGCAUCCCUGCACGACAAGCUACCCUCCUACCAUGACCAGCUUCUCUACCACGAUCAGCUUCCAAUCCACGACCAGUCCCUCUUCAACGAUUCCCCUGAUGCUCAGUCUUCUCAAAUACGUAUAUUUCCGAAUGAGCACUUCUAUCCCGAAACGUUUGCGUUCCUUAACAGUAGCACGAAGCUCAGCGCAGCAGCCGACCACUUGUAUUCUAGAUCUAGCAGUAGGCGGAACUCUCCCAUAGUCGACAGUUCAUCGCCACCCGAUAUCGGUCCAGCUCUUGCAUGGAAACCAUGUUUAUAUUUCGCCCGUGGGUUCUGCAAGCAUGGGAGCAACUGUCGAUUUCUGCAUGGACCCGUGAGGGAGAAUUCGGGCUCAUCGUCGACUAGCAGCGGCCAGAGAGAGAUGAGGGGAGAGGAGGGCAUCGCAUCGGGCUCGUUGGAAAGACUGGAGAUGGAAUUGCAGGAGCUUCUCAGGGGUAGGAGGGCACCGGUGUCCAUUGCCUCUCUUCCUCAGCUGUACUACGAGCGUUUUGGAAAGACUCUCCAGGCCGAAGGCUACUUAACUGAGAGCCAGAGGCACGGAAAGGCCGGAUACAGCCUGACGAAGCUCCUCGCUCGUCUGAAAAAUACUGUCACCCUGAUCGAUCGGCCUCACGGUCAGCAUGCUGUGGUGCUUGCGGAGGAUGCCCAUAGGUUCACCGCGUUCAGAGGAGAGCGAGACGACCUUAGUGGUGUGAACCCCAGCUCUCGACAAAUUUAUCUGACCUUCCCCGCCGAAAGUUCCUUCACAGAGGAAGAUGUAACUUCUCACUUCAGGGCGUAUGGUCCAGUACAAGACGUAAGAAUACCUUACCAGCAGAAGAGAAUGUUCGGGUUUGUUACGUUUGUGUACUCCGAAACGGUCAAGGCAAUUCUGUCAGAAGGAAACCCUCACUACAUCUGCGGAGCCCGUGUGCUCGUGAAACCCUACAGAGAGAAGGGCAAGCAUGGUGACAGGAAGUACUCUGAGCGAGGUGACCACCCGAGAUAUCAACAGAGUCGUAGCCUUGAGUCUAAAGAUUACGACUAUCAACACCCGCCGACCCCGAAGUACUUCGACGACGAUGAGACCUUCACGCGGCGCCUAGAGGAAGAGGAACAACAAGUUUUGGAUCUCGACAGAAGAAGGCUCGUUGACUUGCAACAGCUGCAGCACCUCGAUGUGCAGAGACGUCGAGCCCAGCAGCAGGCUCAGGCACAGGCUGAAGCGGAGGCCAAUCUGCAGGCCGUUGCCCAAGCGCACGUUCAAGCACAAGCUCAGGCUCAGGCUCAAGUACAAGCCCAACAAGGAAUUUCGAACGGUGGAUACAUUUCAGAGGAACUCAAUCUAAACUCCGAAGACAUGCCACAUUUUCACUCUGACAACUCAUUCGGGUACCUUUUGGACGUACUGGAUGGAGAGAACGGAGACGAUGGAGAUCCUAAUGAAACCUUUGGUGGAAUGCAGCAGGGAGGUCACAAUCUACCCGACAGCCCCUUCACCAGUCCACACGGAACCAAUAAGCAGAAGGCUGCGUUUUCUUUACCGGAGAAAAUGAAGAGCCUGAAUCUUGGAGGACAGACCAGCUCAUGGAGUCAGUACCAUCACGGAUCACCGACCCUUUUUGCAUCCAAUGUAUUCUAAGCUAUGAUAUUGAGCAAAGACGAAGAAGGCCGAUUUGUCGACGACACAUUGGCAGCGACGACAUUGGCAGUAUAUAGAAAGUAGAGUUCGACAGCGGCUCACCUCUCCCCCUUCUCUCAUGGGUCCCAGCGGGAAAAAACAUUUCUGUGGACUGACCGGGUGAGGUGAGCCAAAGCAGAAUUUGACCACAGCAGUCACUAUGAACAGUAAACACAUGUACUGGGUCCCUUUGGGUGGGCCCCAAUCCACUCCUUGGCAAGAAUAUCAUGUGCCAAGGUGCCAAGUCAAGCCAGGUACGGCGAUAGUAUAUGAAAGCAAAAAAGAGUCCCACCACACCACACUUGGAAGCAGGGUGGACUGUGCCUAGCUUAUCCAAGUAGAGAAAGGCCCAUUUGAGGGCCUGAUGUCAAUAACCACAACAGAUGUAACUGAAACAUUAAUUGGAGGGUACCUUAGGAUGCAAAGAGUGGUAGUAAUAGCGUCUUGUUGGGUUGUCAGUCAAUGCUCAAUCCACGAUAUCUGCGCCAUGGGAGGGGCAUAUAGGCGCAUGGUGUCAUGCGUGCUACCACAUCUUACCUAAUUAUUUGGGGUCACCAACUCAAGACCCUUCCAUUAUUCAGCCUUUUAAGUUACUUUACCAUGCACUGCCCAGCCAUCUGAGUACUCCGGCAUGGGUCCUUUGUGCCAGUGAUAUAUAUACAUCCCUCCCAUGUGUCAUUGUGGGUUCCAGUUCAGUUCCUCUCUCUGUCUCUCUCUGUUCUGACUCUGUCCGUCUGUCUCGUAUCAUCUCCCUGUCUUCUUCUCGUGAGAGGAGCGACCGAAGAAGAUAGCUGAUGUUGCUGCUGUGGGCCGGCGUUGCAAGCGAGCAAGGCAUAUUGAGCGAGAAUCUUUGGUGGGACCUUCCUUUAUCUUCUGCAUAGAAAGGUGACUUAUCUUUCUUCACCUAUUGUGGGGCUCCUCUUCACUCAGCACAGUCUCUUUCUCUCCUUGUGGUGAUUCUUCUCAGAUAAUCCACCGUGGUGUUCCUUAUCCCCAAGGUGUUUGUGCUAUUCGGUUACUCUUCAAUCCCCACUUACCUCCUCCAGUACAGUUUUGAAGCAGCAUUGUGAAGAAGGUCGAUCCUAGUCCGUGAAGCUGUCAUGUUCAGUACCUCAAAUAUCCUCCCCUUGUGUCGGGUAGGUGACAGGCAGUGCGAGUUUUUCUUUGAUGUUAGUGGCUCCCCGUCAUGCAUGGGGUGCUAAUACUUCAUACCUCCUCCCUUUACGUCUGGCCGUAUCAGAGUGAGUCACUUGUACAUAGGCCUUGAUGUGAGCUGCCUCAAAAGCCUUACUGACUCACUUUCUUCACUAAAAACGUCGUGGUACCCAACAUAAAUACUUGUACCACUAGUUACUUCCAAGUACAGUAUCUUGUAUGAAUGUAGGUCGGCAUGAUGAAUGUGAUGUGGCCUCCAGUUUUGGAUCUAGUUACCUAGUGGCCCCAACAAUUGCCAGUGCCAAAUAUUUGUGUUUCUGCAGCAGUCAUUGUAGCCCAACCUUCUUUUUUGUAUAUAAGUAGGGGUCUUGGGCAGUGAACUGAGUAGAUGGUAGCAUUGUGAGCAAUGCCAAAACUCCCUGCGGGGGAGUAAAUAUUGCUGGAAUAUUUUGAUCUUUUUUUGGAAACUUACAGAUAUUUCAUCAUGUAAUGGAAGUGUUCAAAGGUGAUACCUCAUUUGUGCGG